AUGGCGACAUUAACAGUAACAGAAACACAAAACAAGAGGAGGCUGCCCAAGAAUGUCAAGUUGCCGCCAGAAAACGAGCGCUACAUGCGGGCGUGCGCAGAUAUUGCGUCUGCGCUCAUCCAAGACUACGAAUCACAGGCAGAUGGAGCAAAACCAAAAAGAGACUUGAAUCUGAACUCUCUGCGAGGGCAAAUCGCAAAGAAGCAUUAUCUGAAGAGCCAGCCGCCGCUUACGGCGAUUAUUGCGGCGGUCCCGGAGCACUACAAGAAAUAUAUCUUACCGAAACUUAUCGCAAAGCCGAUCCGUACAUCAUCGGGUAUUGCAGUGGUUGCAGUCAUGUGCAAACCCCACCGCUGCCCACACAUUUCCUACACUGGUAACAUAUGUGUAUACUGCCCUGGAGGACCAGACUCGGACUUUGAGUAUUCAACACAAUCCUACACAGGCUAUGAGCCGACGUCUAUGCGCGCCAUCCGAGCGCGAUAUGAUCCGUACGAGCAAGCCCGUGGUCGUGUCGACCAAAUCAAGUCACUGGGCCACAGCGUAGACAAAGUAGAGUACAUUAUCAUGGGCGGCACAUUCAUGUCUCUGCCAGAGUCCUACCGAGAUGAGUUCAUCUCCCAACUACACAACGCGCUUUCAGGAUAUCAAACCAAAGACGUUGACGAGGCGGUUGCAGCGGGCGAGAUGAGCAACAUCAAGUGUGUUGGCAUCACAAUCGAAACGCGGCCAGACUACUGUCUAGACCAGCAUCUCUCAUCAAUGCUACGAUACGGCUGCACCCGUCUGGAAAUCGGCGUCCAGUCUCUCUACGAAGACGUAGCCCGCGACACCAACCGCGGACACACGGUUGCUGCCGUCGCAAAAACCUUUUGCCUCGCCAAAGACGCCGGCUUCAAAGUAGUAUCACACAUGAUGCCCGACCUGCCCAACGUGGGCAUGGAGCGCGACCUCGACCAGUUUGUUGAGUACUUUUCCAACCCAGACUUCCGCACCGAUGGCCUCAAAAUCUACCCCACGCUCGUCAUCAGAGGCACUGGCCUCUACGAGCUGUGGCGGACAGGCAGAUACAAGAACUACACUCCCAAUGCCCUCAUCGACAUCGUGGCCCGCAUCCUCGCCCUCGUACCCCCAUGGACCCGCAUCUACCGCGUGCAACGCGAUAUCCCCAUGCCUCUCGUGACGUCUGGCGUGGAAAACGGCAAUCUGCGAGAGCUGGCGCUGGCGCGGAUGAAAGACUUUGGUACGUCGUGCCGCGAUGUGCGCACGCGCGAAGUCGGCAUCAACGAGGUCAAGCACAAGAUUCGGCCGGACCAGGUCGAGCUCGUGCGCCGCGACUACACGGCCAACGGCGGGUGGGAAACAUUUCUCGCGUAUGAGGAUCCCAAGCAGGAUAUCUUGAUUGCAUUGCUGCGGCUGCGCCAGUGCUCAAACGAACAUACGUUCCGCGAGGAGCUGACGGGCCAGCCUUCGUCUCUGGUGCGCGAACUGCAUGUAUAUGGCUCGGCGGUGCCGAUUCAUGCCAGGGAUCCAAAGAGGUUCCAGCAUCAAGGGUAUGGCACGCUCUUGAUGGAGGAGGCGGAAAGGAUCGCGAGGGAGGAGCAUGGAAGUAAGAAGAUUAGCGUCAUCUCAGGCGUGGGUGUCCGCAGUUACUACGCCAAGCUGGGCUACUGGCUCGACGGGCCGUACAUGAGCAAGACGCUCGAGCCGCUGUGGGAGAGGGAGUGGUAG